AUGCCACGGCCCAAGGUCCAUCCAGCAAAUCGGCUGCGAGCAAAUACCGCAUGCACUGCCUGUCGUGCAUCCAAGAAACGCUGCAGUGGUUAUUUCCCAUGCACCAACUGUACUCAUAAAGGACGAGGCCGCUCAUGCACUCCAUUCAAGUCCUUACCAAAUGUAGGCCUCCGCAGCCGCCUCAUACCUCCUUCUCAACCCACGGUCGAGUCCCCUCGAAUAAGGAGCGAAAUAAGAGCCGAGCUACAGACCCCCUUGAUCUCACAGCCUCAUGACGUCGGUGCACCCAAUCCCGAGUCGCCGGAGGCGGGCUCGCAUUCCCCCGAAGUUGCACAUCGGACGCAUCCGCGCAUGCUCCGUAACCUGCAAGGGGAAAGAGUAUACGUCGGGAAAGCUGCCUCUUUGUCAUUUCUACAGUUACUUCGAGACACGGUAACCCAACAUAUCGGGCCCUCACAAUUCUCUCAUAAUGGUGGGAGUGAGGAUAUGUUAGAGGCAGAAGCUCAUCAUGAUCUGUUGAAUUUCUCUGAAGAAUGUUGCACUUUUGAUGAGAAGGCGCGAUUUAUUCAGAGUUAUCAAGCAGCGACAAGCGGGGUUUUCAAUUUGAGCUCCAACGACGACACUUCAUCCUCUUUUAUUAGCCCAGCAGAGCCUGAAACCGACCAGGAAAAGGCUAGGGCGGCCACCAUAGACCUUAUGGUUGCCAUUGGGGCACAAUCCUACCCGAAAGAUCCAAAGAGCCUUCAGGUGGAGCGGUUCUACUUCGCUCGGGGCCAACGUGGGGCGUUUGCCAAUAUGUUAGAAGACCCCAGCAUGGAUUUAGUGCGAAUAUUUUUACUCAUGUCCUUCUACAUGCUGGGGGCGUGUCGUCGAAAUACGGCAUUCAUGUACCUGGGAGUGGCUUCACGAGCGGCAGUGGCGCUGGGGUUUCAUGCAGACUCUCCAGGCUCAAUGAAUCCCGAUGAAAGUGCUGCGAACCACGAACGAUCACGAUUGUGGAUGAGCUUAUGUAUUCUCGAUUUGCUUGUCAGCUCAAUUCUCGGGAGGCCCUCUGCCACAUCACCUCUAUUGCCGGAGAACCGACAAGAACCUGGCUGGAUUGGGGCCUCACCUACCGACCCUGGCUUGGUGGCUUCAUAUCGGUUAUCGAUGAUAUUGGACGAAAUUAUAACCUGUCUUUAUAGUGAAAAGUCUGCGUCCGCAGAGAAAGCAGAUCUGCUCUUAUGCAAACUAAACACAUGGAGCGAAUGUCUGCCGCGAUCACUAAGGACGACGUCUUUGGGACACAAAGAUCAGAGUACUUUCCGGGCACAUACAAUUGGAAGCAUGCACGUUGCAUGUUCGUAUCACUUUGCAGUAAUUUUAGUCACCCGACCUUUCCUCAUCUCGGCGUUGAGUGUCCGGCUAGCCCGGUUACACCACAGUCUCUCGACUGGCGAUUCUAGCGAGAAGGUGCCUGAGGAGGAUGCAGCUCACUCUCGGCUCGCAGCGGCAUGUAUUGAUUCCGCUGUAUACAUGUUGCAAACAUGCCUCGAGGUGCACAAGUCCGGCCUUCUACUUCGGAAUAUGUGUAUUCUUAAAGCUUUUAUUUUUGCCGCAGCUCUUGUGCUCGGGUUCUCUAUGUUCUCUCGCCGUGACGUGGAUCCCGAGAUUGAUGGUGUAUUCCGCGGUGCUCUGACCAUCUUGCGCAUGCUGGCGUCGCAAUCUGCCCAGGCAGCUCACUACCUAGAGAUUAUAACAAUGUUGGAGGCAGCUAUAAGGGAACAGCGCCAGCGACUUGCGGCCCAAGCCCGCCAGCGGCGGAGUCCAUAUGUCAAUCGGAUAUUUAGUUUGAGUGAAACUCCGACAACACGACACACACAAAUUGAGGCGGACGACGAAGAAGAGGUGAGCAAUGCUACUCCAAUUCGAUCACAGAGUGUCACGUCAUAUCCGUUGUUGCACUCGGAAGAUGGUGCUGCUACUGUUGUCACACCCCCCAUGAUUGAUAGCACCCUAUUCGACUGGGAGGGUAUGGAUUUGUCUUUAUGGGAUAGUUUCCCAUUUCUCGCUGAAUCGACUACAAUAUGA